AUGCGGAUAAGUGUUGAAGUUAAAAAAGAUCUUUUGAGAGCUUGGAUUGGGUUGAAGCUUGAGGAUAUUAAAAUGGGAAGAUUUAUGAAGAUUAGAAGUCAAAGAUAUUUGAAGAUUAGUAGUCGAAAUAGAUACUUGGAUCCUUGGAGAGGAAAAAAUGUGAAUUCGAAGAACAAGCUCAAAUCCGUUCUGGAUGUUGAUUCCAGUCAAUUGAAUGUUCCUUUGAAAGCUAAAUCGGUCACUUCUCUCGUCAAUAAGUUUGAAUCUGAAGCUAAUCCGAUCGUCCCUAAAAUCCCGUCUGAAGCUGGUAAUUCCGAAAAUUCUAAAUUGGUUAGCAUGGUUUUAGAUUCUUCUCCUGUUGUGAAAAAUGAAGUUAUUCAAUCUAAUUGUUCGAAUCUGAAUACGCAAAUUGCUCCUGAUGUUGCUAUUUUGAUAAAUUAUGUUAGUCCCUGUUCCUUUAAUACCGAGUGCACCUUCCCUUCUAUAAUUCUUCAUGGCUCUGCUAAUCCUAUAAAAAAGGAGGAGGAUUCAAUUGAUGGUUUAAGUCAACCUGUUAUUGAAUUUGAGAAGGAUAUUGCUCAAUUUUGUGGCCCUGGAGAGAAAAAUGCUAUGAUGGCUUUUUGGAAUGGAUCUGCUAGUGAAAAAGAAGGAUUUGUUCAUGGAUUGAGGUUUACGAAGAAGAAAUACAACAGUAGUAUUGAAGCUGAUGAUGACAUUGUGGAUUCAAUUGAUGAUGUAAAGAAGAUCUCCCUGGUUAGUCAAAGAAAUGAAGUGCUGUUGAAUUGGAAAGAUCUUACCAAUAAGAAAAAAGAGAAAAAAUUUCAUAAACUUUGUACUAGCAAAGUUAAAAAGCAGGUUGAAGCUAAUUUUGGGAAGAAUCGUAUUCCAAUUAAACCAUCUUCUUCACUAUUUCCUUCCUCGGUUAGUAUGAAGAAAUCCUCUGAUUUUGAAGCUUCUGAUGGACUUCAAAAAGUUGGUGAAACUGUGAGUAAUCUUUUGCCUGAAGGAGUUCCUAAUUUGAAUUUGAAUGAGCCAGUGAUUGUUGAUCUUCAAAAUAUCUGCUCUUUGCAAACUAUGGUCAAGGAAAAGAAAGAGAAAAGGAAAAUUGAAAUUGAUGAAAUGGUGAGUAGACAGCUGGAACAAGUAUGCAAUGAGAUUAUAUAUCACUUCCCCAGCAAGUUCAGUCAUAUUGAUAUUGUUAAAAAAGGUGAUUUUAAUUUCAAUUAUGUUGAUCCGGAUGAUAAGGGUAUUAAUGUCCAAAUGGUGGUUGAUGAAGAUGAGGAAAAUAAAGGAACCAUCCAGAAUAGUAAUGGUGGGCUACUUAUUACUGAAAACAUGCUGGAACAAAUGAAGAAUGGGGAGUUGAAGAGCAAGGUGAAUUUGACUAAUCCUAAAACUUCUUUGGAGGAAUCGAAAUUAAAUGAACCUGUUUCGUAUGCUGAGAAAGUAAGUGGAAAGAAGCUCAAUGCUGCAAACCUUAUUACCAAGGUUAAGAAGAAUGCGGAUUUACCUGAUGGAGUGGUGGAAAUGCCAAUAUGUGAUAUUCUUAAAGGAUGCAGCCCUUUUAAGACCACUCUUUAUGGAUAUUUCAUUGACAAACAUGUUAAUUUCUUUAAUGUUAACAAGUUUGCUCAUAAUAUGUGGAAAAAAUAUGGAUUAGAAGAGGUGAUGGUAAAUGAUGAAGGGAUUUAUUUUUUCAGAUUUAGUACUGAACAAGGAAUGAUUUCUGUUUUGGAGGGUGGAGUGUGGAUGAUUUUUUACAGCGCUCUUGUUGUUAGAAGAUGGACUACUGGUGUGAGUUCGGCUAAAGAUCAACAUGAUAAAGUUCCUGUUUGGGUAAAGAUUUAUAAUGUCCCCCUUGAAUAUUGGAAUGGAACAGGGCUGAGUCACAUUGCUUGGGAGAUUGGAAAACCUCUGGAUGUUGAUGCCCAUACAGCGAAGAUGUGUCAAGAGCAUUGGGGAAGACCGGCCUUCAUGAGAGUUUUAAUUGAAAUGUCUGCUGCUAAAGAAUGGCUUAAGGAAGUCCAUGUUUAUUCUUCGGAUCUUACUACUGGUUAUGGGCAUAAAGAUAGCAAUUGUGGAAUUCUUCUUGCUACGGAGGCCAGUGAUUUAGUGAAUUCUAAACCUGAUGAUCAAAAAAAGGAUGGUAUUAAAGUUGACCUGAUGGAGGUUCUUAUUGCGAGCACUAAAAAAGUUGAAGAUGACAAGGAUGGGUUUCAAACUGUGGUUAAAAGGAAUAAGGGAAUAAAUAUGGGUGAAAAAACUAAGGAUGGAUUAGGGAAUAAAAAUCAGAAUUCUUUUCAAGGGCAAAAUGGGAAAAACCAAGGAAAUGGAAAGAAUACGGCUGGAAAUUCUGUUGGAAGUCAGGGGCAAAAAGGGAAUAAUUCAGUAAAAAAUGGAAAUACUUUCGGUGGUAAUCAAUGGAAUAAGGGUAAAGGAGUCCAGGGGUAUAAUGGGAAAAAUCAAGCUGCGAAUGGAAGAACUAAUGGCUUUAAUUUCGAACAGGGGCAGAAUAGUAAAAGCACUAAUUUUUCGAACAAAAUCAACAAUUCAGGGAACGAUAAAGGUGGGAAUAAUUUUCAGGGGACUCCUCAUGCGGUUUCCUCUCAUAAGGAUCCUAAUACGAAUAUUGAGGGGGGGAAAAACAUUGGCAGUGGGCUGAAGUAUGUUCCAAAGUCUGGAGCUGAUUUUAAGAUUAGUUCUAAUUUUGAUAAAAUCCUAAAUGUUGAGAAGCAUCAAGAUCCUGCGAUUAUUUUAUCUAGCAAUAAAUUUGAUGUUUUAAAGGAUUUGGAAGAUGAUAAUCAAAUGGGUUUUUCCAGAAGGAGUAUUCAAGGAAUUGAUCUUGAUUAUUUGGAUACUAUUGAUCAAAUGGAAGUUAUAGGUGCUAUUCUUGAAUCUCAAGUUAGUUCUAAUAAACUUAAUGAGAAGUGUGAUAAGAUUUCUGGGGAUUGGAAGUGGAUUGCUAAUAAAGGAAAUGUUGGUCAUACUUUUCGCAUUAUUUUGGGCUGGAAUCCUAAUUUUUUUGAUGUUAACUUGAUUGAUCACAAUGAUCAAGUUAUUCAUUGUAAAGUUAGUUUUCCCUCAAAUAAUAAGUAUGUGUUAUGUUCCAUUGUUUAUGCUGCCAACAAAUAUAUUGAGAGAAGAGGUUUAUGGUCUUCUCUUGUGCAUCACAAAGGCUUUGUUCGUGAUGAUCCGUGGAUUAUUGGUGGGGAUUUUAAUGUCACGAUUAAUCCCAAUGAAAGCUCUGCAGGCUCGUCCAAGUUUACCAAAGGGAUGGUGGAGUUUCUUGAGUGCAUUAAUGUUCUUGAAAUUCAAGAUAUUAAUUGCAAUGGUUUGAACUUCACUUGGAAUCAAAAACCUCAAGGUAACAAUGGUAUUUUGAAGAAAUUGGACCGUGUCAUGGGCAAUUCCAGCUUACUGGAUCUCUUUCCUUCUAUUUUUGCUUCUUUUCUCCCUUAUGGGCUGUCCGAUCAUAGUCCUAUUGUUAUUAAAAUUCCGUUAAAAGCUAAAUUCAAGGUUCUCCCUUUCAAGUUUCCUAAUGUUCUCAGUAUUAAAUCUGAAUUGAAGAUGUUGGUUGAAAAUCAUUGGAAUAUUGACAUUCAAGGAAUUAAGAUGUUUGUUUUAAUUCAAAAGCUCAAAAAUCUCAAGAAGCCGAUUCGAAAACUGUUAAAGAAACAGGGGCAUUUUUUGGAUAAUGUUAUUCAUUUUCGUAAAGAAUUGGAAAUGGUCCAAGCUGAUUUGGAUGAGGAUCCUUUUAAUUCUGCUCUUCGCGAUUUGGAAGCUAUUUUCCUUGGUGAACUUAAAAAAACUUAUGAAAAGGAGGAAUGUUUCUUGAAACAAAAAGCUAAAAUCCAUUGGCUUAAAGAUGGAGACAACAAUUCCAAGUUUUUUCAUAAAACUGUUAAAGGAAGAAUCCAUAAAAGCAGAAUUGAGGCUAUUAUGAAUAAACAGGGGGAAUGGCUGGAAGGUGAAGAUGUUUACAAAGAAUUUGUGGAAUACUUCAAGAAUUUUUUAGGAACUGAUGUUCCUUGUGGCGAGAUUUUUCAGCCUAAUUCUUUGUUUAUUAAAAAAUUAGAUCUUAUUGCUGCUGCUGAGAUGACCAAGAUUGUGACCAAUGAUGAAAUCAAAGUUGCCCUCUUUGAUAUUGAUGAUGAUAAAUCUCCUGGACUAGAUGGGUACUCGGCCAAAAUUUUCAAGUCUAUGUGGUCUGUCAUUGGUGAGGAUUUCUGCUCUGCUGUCAAAGAAUUUUUCGCGAAUGGAAAAAUACUAAAAGAAGUCAAUGCCACUGCAAUUGCUUUAGUUCCAAAAGUUGAUUUUCCUGGAAAAGAAAAGCAAGACCUGAGUUGGAGUUGGAGAAACUUGAUUAGAUUGAGACCUUACUUUAGAAAUCAUUUUUGUUCUAAGGUUGGGAAUGGAGUAAAUACUUUUAUGUGGUAUGAUGAUUGGCACUUUCUUGGAGCUCUUUCUUAUGUCCUUUCCCCUAGAGAGAUUGCCAGUGCGGGAUUUAGAAUAACAGACAAAGUGAAAGAUGUUAUUGUUGAUAAUUCCUGGUUUUGGCCUUCUGAAUGGCUUUCGCUUAUUCCUCAGUUGAAUGAUUAUCAACUGACGAUGCUUGAUCCUAUGGUUGCUGAUAGAGUUCUAUGGAGGAAAAGGAAUAGUCAAGAGGUGGAGUUUGAUAUCCAUCAAGUUUGGAUAGAUUUAAGCAACUGUGGUCAAAAGCUAUAUUCGCAUAACCACUUGUUCUUUGAAUGCACUUAUUCUUCACUUGUCUGGAAAGUUGUGAAGGAUAAAGUGGGGAUUAGAAGUAAUUCUCAUGGAUGGAAAGAGUUAGUUGAAGAAUUUCAAGAUUUGUUUAAAGGGAAAAGCAUCCAAACUUUUAUUAUGAAGAUUGCUUUUGCUGCUUCUGUUUAUUACAUUUGGAGAGAAAGAAAUUGCAGACUCUUUAGAAAAGGAAAAACAGAGGAGAUGAAAAUUGCUUUGAACAUUUUUGAAGAAACUCGCCUCAAGCUUAUUGGUCUCAAAGGCGAUUUUUUGGGGUUUGAUAAUGAUGUUAAAAGGAAGUGGGGUGUUCCUGUGGGAAAGAAGAAUAAUGAUUAUUUUAAUGAUUAA